AACCUACCUUUCCUCGUCUACUUUUCAUCGAACGUGUAAUGCUUUCCGUCACGGGGAUACUGCUUGGCCAGCACCGGCCGGAACAUCUUGUAAUCCUCCAGCCAGUAGUAGAACACGAAGCAACCGGUCAUAACGCCCAGAAACGCCAGCCAGUAGGUUCUCAUCGGGAAGCGCGACGGUUCUGCCGCACCAUAACGAUCCUCACUCCACAGGGGAGUUUCGGCGUGCAACUGAAAAGAAAAGAAAAGAUCAUACUUAUUAGUCACAAGUUUCACAGGAUUCUUGUUCAAUUCACAGCAAGCUUUGAAAAAUUGAUUCAUUGUUGGUCUGUUUGACUUAUAGUUAAGAAGUUAUUUUUCUUUCGGAACAAUUUAAUUAAAAUAUUCUUUAAAUUAUUUUAAAUUAUUUAGGAAAUUUUUAAUAAUGGCUACCAAUACUGGAGUAAAUAUAUUUCGCGAUAUUUUGAGGGACAGCCCAUGCCGAAUGGUUUAUAUUGCGGCUCAGCAAAACCUCGCUCAAACAGGUCGCUAUAAAACGGCUUCGCUGGUCCACAAACUGUCGACUCGUCCUGUCACAGCACCAAUAACGCCUUCGAGUUUGGCUCGCGCUAUAAUCCAACACCAAUUGAUGGACCCCGUUGAGAAUAAAGUCCGACCGGCAACUACUACCCAAAAAAUUAAACGUAGCCCGGACACAAAUCGAUUGCAGAAAUUGUUGGAAUUAUCGCACAGGAAGACUUCGCCUUGCAGAGAAAGUUCCAGCGGUAAACGGAAACAUGAUGACUCUAGAAGAGGUUCAAGAGAAUCAUCGAUCAGCAGAAAUCCGCGGGGGCGAAAGUUACCUGGAUGUGCCCCGCCCAAGCAUCCUCAACCGACAAAUUCGGAAAGGAAAUCGCCUACGGAUAGCUCCUGCAAAAUUUGCAGCGAAUUGCACCAUCAACGUGAAUUUAUUCCAGCUAAUUGGCAAGAUCGUCUGAUUGCAGCCAUCGAGCCCCCAGAGGAAGACAUUAACAGUCGAAUUUCUAAGAUCCGGUCAGCUCGGUCGCGACUCUUGGACGAGGAAAUAAUGCAUCCACUAACCCUGCAGGAGUCACUCUACCUCAUCAAUGAAGUUCACCAGCACGCACCGGCAAAUUCGUUCUUCGCAGAUUUUACUCCAUUGCACACGUCGUCCAUUAAAGAUAGCGCUAGCAACCCCCUCAAUAGAAGGAAGAAACCCAAACAGAUACAUUUCGAAGGCGGACGAAUUGUGGACCAAGAUUUUCGAAUAAUGACCCCUCGGAAGCCCAGCAGUCGAGUCAGUUUGAGGGCUGGCAGUAAAGCGGUAAAAACUGCUACGACAAAACGUGCCGAUGGCCCUUUAAGGUUGGCAAUCCACUCUUCAAAUUUAAAUGACAGAGCUACGGAGAAGAUUUUAAAAUUCUACAAUAAAAUGUAACAAAUUAAACACUGAAAGUAACUGAAAAUGAGCUUU